GCAUACCAAGCAAGUCGAGGAAGCAGCGAAGUCCGAAGGGAACUCGGAUACAGCUGCCUCUUAUGCAGAGAUGGCUGAGUGUCCUGGUGGGAACUGCCCGAAAGAAGAUGUGGCCCCGCCUGGCACUGACGAUGCUGAGGUGGUGGGCAAAACGACGGAGCCA